AUGAGGGACUUGAAGGGUACUGUGGCAGUACUGAUGUUUGUGCUGGCAUCAGAGGUGUUGAUUUUGGGGGCUGAUGGAGCUGGAGAGUGUGGAAAGACCCCUAUAGGAUCUGCAGCUGCUAGUCUUAGCCCUUGCCUGAGUGCUGUAAGCAAUGUGAAGGCAAAGGUUCCUUUGACUUGUUGUGCCAGAGUUGCUGCUCUGCUCAGCACUGCUCCAAGAUGCCUCUGUGCUGUUCUGUUGUCUCCUCUGGCCAAGCAAGCUAAGAUCAACCUUGCCACUGCCAUCACCAUUCCAAAGAGAUGCAACAUCAAGAACCGUCCUGCAGGAAAGAAAUGUGGAAGUAAGUAA